CCGCUGGCCGGCCGCUCCCGCAGGUUCCACGCGGGUGCUGAGGACGACGGCGGUGGCUACGCGGUGGCGGUGAGCAUCAAUGACUACCUGGACAUCUACUGCCCGCACUACGGGGCGCCGCUGCCGCCGGCCGAGCGCAUGGAGCGCUAUGUGCUGUACAUGGUCAACGGCGAGGGCCACGCCUCCUGCGACCACCGGCAGCGCGGCUUCAAGCGCUGGGAGUGCAACCGGCCCGCGGCGCCCGGGGGGCCGCUCAAGUUCUCCGAGAAGUUCCAGCUCUUCACGCCCUUCUCGCUGGGCUUCGAGUUCCGUCCGGGCCACGAGUAC